CAUUAGAAGUUAGAAGUUAGAAAGUGCCAAAGAUCUAAUUUCUAGGGAAGGGUACUUGACAACCCACGUCCAUUAUGUUCAGAUUCAUCCUGGUUCACCAAAGGCACACUACCGAGAUUUGUGAGAUUUGUUAGCACAUUAGAAGUUCUUGAGAGAUUUGUGAUAGUAAAGAAAGAGAUUGAGUAGAUUAAGAGUUUAAUUUUAGUCAGAUGAAGCUGCUGUGGCAGCAGAUGUAGAUGGUCCCAAGGGUCUACAUAGAUGGAUUAGGCAUUGGUAUAGAUCCUCUAUUGAUGAGGUUUCUACUGACUAAAAGCUCUUCCAUCGGAACAGUCCUUGGGGGUCUAUACUGAUGGAAAAAGGGUGUAUAUAGACGGAAAACUUCCGUCACUAUAGAUACAUUUGCUUGUAGUGAUCGUAACUUAAAGAAUAUGACUAAGAGUAGGAAAACUAAAAGUAAGGUAUAAUGCUUUAUUAUUUAGAGAUAUGAUAAUCAUUACAUAGGUAGCCUUUAUAUUGGCAACAACCUAGUGAAUAAUUAAAAACCUUGAAACCUUAAAUCAGUCUAGCAUAAUAAUUUAAGAGCAAUUUGCAUAACUGAUUCAAUAACUAUUAGUGCAUAUCUCCUAAAUAUCCUUAAUAGAUGGGUCACAAGCUUUACCCCGUAGAGGAGCCAGUCAACCAACCCUGCUGCUAGUGCCAUGGAACAUCCAGAGCUAGCAACUAUAGUGACUAGUUUGCUUGUUUAUGAUUAGACAAUCAUCAAUCAAGUAGACAACUUGAUUAAUAUUUCUUCUUAAUAAUUUUGAGUUUAAUUAAGUUCAAUAGAGAUAAAUUAUUUUAAUAUAUUCUUCAAUAGGAAAAUCCUUAACCCUUAGCAAUGCUAUGACUAAACAUCACAGAACUAGAAAUGAUGGAUGGACAAAACAUUGGUUAUUAGUAUUUUAAAAGGGAAAUUACUAAGGGAAAGGGAUGUAUUAGUUACAGCUGGCUAUGCAAUCCACUUAUUGAAAGGAAUUAAAAAGGUAUUCAAUUUAAUAUCCUCCAUCUUUUUGCAGUCAUUUCAAUGGUUCUUUAUGUUGCAUCAAAGGGUUAGUAGUAUACACCAAAGGAUGGUUAAUCAAACAACAUGGGCAUGGAAGAGAUCAAUUCUUCAAUGGCAUGAACACUCAAAUGGGGCAGGAACAGGCUGGAUUUUGCAAAACAAACCUUCAUUGAUUCCUGCAAAUGAUUUGUGUUAGUGUUUCAAAGUGUUUGCUUUAGAUAUCCAAGUAUAAUAUCUAAAAUAUUGUCUGAAUAACGUAUUUUUAAAUCA